UCUGAUUGCAGCUGAAAGAAGUAACGUUGUUUGAUCAUUUGUAUUUCUUGCCUGAUGGUCGGAUUUACGUGGAAGUGGUUUUGGGUCCCAAGGAUUCUGGAUCGUGGUUGCAUCUGGAGAGAAAAAAGGAUCAAUCGACACGUUUUGGAAGUGUCUGUGGGUGAAUAAAAAAGGGGGGGGGCGCAAAACUGGGAUUGCGGCUGUUUAAAGAAGAAAAAAAAAAUAAAGGACGCAUCUUGAAUUCUGAAACAAGAAUUACCGGGUGCUGAAGAUUUCAAAAAAAAAAAAAAAAAAAAGCGUCUAGGAACUGGUAAAUACUUUGAGCAAUUCAGCUUGAAUUUGACGGCGAAGUGUUGUAGAAACUGUCUCCUUGAAUAUUGGAAGGGGACUGGGGGAAGAUGAGGGGGCCCCCUCUGUGGAUUUAUCUUACUGAGGGAUAUAGACCUGCAGCUAACUGGAUUUGAUUUAUAAGAGGGAAAUAUACAGUCAAUGGCCACUCUUCUCACAUUGGUACUAUGGAAAACAGAAUCGUCAAUAGGACAUGGUCUGAUAAAUAGUGAUGAUUGAAGAUUCUGCUUCAAUACAUGUGAAAUCAAUGGGAGAUACAGGCUGCAUGAAGAGCUUUCUGAGCUUUUCUUGACAAGCUCAUCUUUAAGAAAUCGGAAGUAUAUUCUACCAUUUAUACGGCUUUUCUCAAGUGGAUACAAAUACUUUUGCCUCACUGUAACCAGACAACUAUACAACUAAUGUGGGACCAUGGCACUGCCCAGAUGCACGUGGCCAAAUUAUGUUUGGAGAGCAGUAAUGGCAUGCUUGGUACACAGGGGAUUGGGUGCCUCAUUGACUCUUUGUGUGUUGGGCUGUUUGCUUCAGGCUGCUCAUGUGCUCUCACAAAAAUUGGAUGAUGCAGAUCCACUGGUGACUACCAACUUUGGCAAGAUAAGAGGGAUUAAGAAAGAACUCAAUAAUGAAAUUUUGGGUCCUGUUAUUCAGUUUCUUGGGGUUCCAUAUGCAGCCCCACCAACAGGAGAACAUCGUUUUCAGCCUCCAGAACCACCAUCUCCCUGGUCAGAUGUCAGGAACGCUACUCAGUUUGCUCCUGUGUGUCCGCAGAAUAUCAUCGAUGGCAGAUUGCCAGAAGUCAUGCUUCCUGUGUGGUUUACUAAUAACUUGGAUGUGGUUUCAUCAUAUGUACAAGACCAGAGUGAGGACUGCCUGUAUUUAAACAUAUAUGUCCCAACUGAGGAUGAUAUUCGGGACAGUGGAGGUCCCAAACCAGUGAUGGUGUAUAUCCAUGGUGGCUCAUAUAUGGAAGGGACUGGAAAUUUAUAUGAUGGGAGUGUCUUGGCAAGUUAUGGGAAUGUGAUCGUCAUCACAGUCAACUACCGACUUGGGGUACUUGGUUUCUUGAGCACAGGGGAUCAGGCUGCAAAAGGAAACUAUGGACUCCUUGAUCUCAUACAGGCUUUAAGAUGGACUAGUGAGAAUAUUGGAUUCUUUGGUGGUGACCCCUUAAGAAUCACUGUUUUUGGAUCUGGCGCUGGGGGUUCAUGUGUCAAUCUGCUGACUUUAUCCCAUUAUUCUGAAGGUAACCGUUGGAGCAAUUCAACCAAAGGACUUUUUCAACGAGCAAUAGCUCAAAGUGGAACAGCCCUUUCCAGCUGGGCUGUUAGUUUCCAACCUGCAAAAUAUGCUAGGAUGCUGGCCACAAAAGUUGGUUGCAAUGUUUCAGAUACAGUAGAGUUAGUGGAAUGCCUACAGAAGAAGCCUUACAAAGAACUUGUUGACCAAGAUAUUCAACCAGCAAGAUACCACAUAGCCUUUGGACCUGUCAUUGAUGGUGAUGUAAUACCAGAUGACCCUCAGAUAUUGAUGGAGCAAGGAGAGUUUCUCAACUAUGAUAUAAUGUUAGGGGUUAACCAAGGGGAAGGGUUAAAAUUUGUUGAAAAUAUAGUAGAUAGUGAUGAUGGUAUAUCUGCUAGUGAUUUUGACUUUGCUGUUUCCAAUUUUGUUGAUAAUUUAUAUGGAUAUCCUGAAGGUAAAGAUGUUUUGAGAGAAACCAUUAAAUUCAUGUAUACUGACUGGGCUGACCGUCAUAACCCUGAAACCAGAAGGAAGACAUUACUGGCUUUGUUUACAGAUCAUCAGUGGGUGGCACCAGCUGUAGCUACAGCAGAUCUUCACUCAAACUUUGGUUCACCCACAUAUUUCUAUGCCUUUUACCAUCAUUGCCAAACAGAUCAGGUUCCAGCUUGGGCUGAUGCAGCUCAUGGAGAUGAGGUUCCCUACGUGCUAGGAAUCCCCAUGAUUGGACCUACAGAGUUAUUUCCUUGCAAUUUCUCCAAAAAUGAUGUGAUGCUGAGUGCAGUCGUAAUGACAUACUGGACAAAUUUUGCUAAAACUGGCGACCCAAAUCAACCAGUCCCUCAAGACACAAAAUUCAUCCAUACCAAACCCAACCGUUUUGAAGAAGUAGCAUGGACCAGAUAUUCCCAGAAAGACCAACUUUAUCUUCAUAUUGGAUUAAAACCAAGAGUUAAAGAACAUUACAGAGCCAACAAGGUGAACCUCUGGUUGGAGCUGGUACCUCAUCUGCAUAAUCUCAAUGACAUUUCUCAGUAUACCUCGACAACAACUAAAGUGCCAUCAACUGACAUCACUUUCAGACCUACGAGAAAAAAUUCUGUACCUGUCACAUCAGCCUUUCCCACUGCCAAGCAGGAUGAUCCCAAACAACAACCAAGUCCAUUUUCAGUGGAUCAAAGGGACUACUCAACAGAGCUGAGUGUCACUAUUGCAGUUGGAGCUUCACUGCUCUUUCUGAACAUCUUGGCCUUUGCAGCCCUGUACUACAAAAAGGAUAAGAGGAGACAUGACGUUCACAGGAGAUGUAGCCCUCAGCGCACGACUACUAAUGAUCUGACCCACGCACAAGAAGAGGAGAUCAUGUCCCUCCAAAUGAAGCACACUGAUUUGGAUCAUGAAUGUGAGUCCAUCCAUCCACAUGAGGUGGUUCUUCGGACCGCCUGCCCCCCAGAUUACACACUAGCUAUGAGGAGGUCACCUGAUGAUGUUCCCUUAAUGACACCCAACACCAUUACAAUGAUUCCCAACACUAUACCAGGGAUUCAACCCUUACACACAUUCAAUACAUUUACUGGAGGACAGAACAAUACUCUGCCCCAUCCCCACCCCCACCCCCAUUCACAUUCAACAACCAGGGUAUAGCCAGAUAAGAGAAACAAACUCUAUUUUUUUGAUGGAUUGCAGUAAAAGAUUACUGAAGAUUCCUUGGCUUUCAACCUACAAGACUCUUACUAUUUAAAUAAGGAGGAAUAUUAUGUGAAUAUACAUAUCAAGUACUUUGGGGGUUUUGGAAAAAAAAUGAAUUGUACAUAUAUACACAAAUCAACUUUAAAAAUGAAUUUCAAUUGCUUGAAGCAAUUGUUCUGAAUGAUACUUUUUCAUUCACAUUCAAGAAUUAAUUUUUUGAAGAUUUAUGUUACAUAAUGGAAUUAGGCAUGUGGAACACCAAACAGGAGAGAACUAUGUCUGAAAUAUAAAAA